UUCGUCUCAGUUAGCGAAUGUACUUCCAGGUUUUCAAAGGAACACAUAGAAUCGAUGCCUACUGUAACAUCGUAUAUUCAGUUGUUUCCUGCACAAAUUUUUCGAGCGCGGAUUGAUGGGGGAAAUUCUUUGUUGACACAAUUCAAAUUUUCUACUAUUUCCGUAUAUGUAAAGCCAUUCCGUAUUUUUUUAAAUAACUUUGCUUACCACGAAAGGUUGAACAAGAAAAUCGCGAUCCUGUUUCAAAUUCGUGGGAUUAUGGCUCAGAGCGUCUACACGAAAAAUGACACAGGCAAUGGUCGAAUCUAUCAACCCGGUUAUGAAACUUGCCUGGGGCAAGAAUAUUCCGAUGACCAAAACUGCGAGGAAAGCCCCAACGAUCCAGAUGGCGAGUACACUAUUUGCGACGGGCGGGAUGUAGCCGCUGAUCGGUAUUUUGCUGACAAUUCCGAUGACGACAUACCGGCCCGGUACAGGCACGUCCGGUCCGAAAUUUCGAGAACAGAAAAAAAUAAGGUUCUAUCGGACGCGUCUAAAUUCCACCCCCUCAAUGUUGCGAGUACAACACAACAUGCAAACCGUCAUACUUCCGCCUCACUUUACCAAAAUGGGUACAGGAACCCGCCACGGUAUAGUCUCAAUGAAAUUGGUGACUAUGUCGAUUGUAACUACCCAACACUCCAAAAAAGUCCUUUCUAUUACUCCACGGCACAGGAUAUCGGAAGUGGACCCCCGCUCACUUUUGCUAUGAAACCGCCUUUCAGAACCGAAUGUUUUCUGAGGCGAGGUUACAAUCCGGAUGUUGUCCGCAUGGGAAAUCUGCCGCCGACCUAUAAACGCUCUACUAUAGGCCACAAUGGCUUGUCAAAUAUAACAUUUAAUAAUUUAAGAGAUACUUUCAAGGAACAAUACGAUAUUGACCAAAGAAAACAGGUGCCUUCCAGGACAUCUGUUCCGAACCGGUUCCAAGACCAAAGAUCUGUCGCAACUCCCCGAAUGGCUGCCAGUGAAAAGAGGGUUCCACAACGCCGUACAAUUAUCUCAGGACCUCCUCCUGCGGUUUUAAGAAAUGAGAAUCAUUCCGGCAUUUCUGAGAAAACAAUGUCUUCGCCGAGAAUGGCUACAAAACACUACCAAGAUGGUCAAAAUAAGAAUGAUCAAGCCAAAGAAUUGAAGAGCCGCAACAAUAUGUUGGACAACAAUGCAAAUGGGCAGAUAAAAUUGUAUGGAUCGUACGCGAACAGCUACACCUACGAUGAAUUACUCCAAUGCAAGGUGCAAGCAAGUCCUGAAAAAACUCCUCCAGAUGAAUCCGAUAUUGAAGUUAAAUACAAAAACAAAGAAUUUCGGGAAAAUGGGCUUAUCAAAGAGGCUGUAUAUAGCGUGAAGGAUGCAUCUUACCCAGAAAGUGGAAUCGAGCCGAGUUCUGUUUGUGAGUCCAGUGGUUCUAACGGAAAGGACGACGGAACAAGUGACGAGAAGAUAUGCCUCCCUGAAAACCCAAAUAUUUGUAAAAUUAAGAAUUCGGCCAGGAGCGGGAGGAGCAAGGGUUCCUCAAUCAAUAAAAAACACUUCAAUGACUUGGCGAAUUUGGAGCGGUCUAAAUGUAACGUACUCUCCGUAAUUGACGAUGGUCUGCACCGCAUUGAGCAAUCUCGCAAUGAAACUAUCUGUACUCCCAAGUCUGGGAAAUCUACCCUUGUCAAAUCCGCGCAUACUUACACUUGCGAGGACCAUGGAAAUGAACCAAACGAUAAGGCAUUGGCGUGCGGUGUAGACAUUGUUCGCUCUGAUUUCAUAAAUAACAUGUUCAAAGAAUACCGUGGUUACCACUUGGAGAACAUGAAGCAGGAGAUAAAGCGUAUCCAGUAUUUGGAUAGUCUUCCAGAGAAGUGGGUCAAGCAGAAAUUCUCGUCCGCGUUAUAAUCGUGAUUGUAAUAUUUGUUGGGAUCAAAUGUUUAUGAAGCCACAACUUUUUUUGUAAUUUGUAAGUUAUAUUUUUUAAUGGAUUUAUAUGUAAAUAGGGGUGACUUUAUUCUAUGUUCAGCACAAAAUAUAAGAUUUCUCAG